AUGAUUGAACCUUGUAAAUUCAUCUUUACACAACAAGCAUUAAACAGUCCUUUUCACCUUGUUUCAAUUAUGAACCAUCUCUUGGGCAUCUUGCUAUGCUACCAUCUUGAUUCCCUCAUUACGCUCUACCACACACAAUACCCAUUCUUUAUCACACCAUCAGACGUCAAGGAUACCAUUGUUCAUGAACCUGCUCCCACGAUGCCUCGGUACAAAAAGCCAAAUCUACACAUUGAUACCACCAAUGACAAGGAUGUUCAAUUAAGCCAAUCUCGAUACCACCCUCAGUCAGCUUAUCCGGAUGUACCUCAGCUUUUAUUCUCUCCCACCUCGUCCAUCUCCUCAUUUGGCAGUAGCAACUACCAUUGGAGCCCUGAUGACAGCAACAAUUAUGCUGGCAGCAAACGGUCUCAAGUGGAGGACAUGGUCCAUUUGUUUGAGAAUGGACAUCGCUACAUGGAGCAGCAUCGUCGCCACAGCGUUGAUUCGCAUUGGAGCAGCAGCCGCAAGAGAAUCUACAUUCGUGAACGCAGAUAUGAAUACCAGCCAACAGUGGGUGAAUGGAACAGGCGCAUUGAGAACGAGUUGCUUCCAAUGCAGUUGUCUGGAUCAAAGUCUACACCCAUUCAGCCAUCCAAACGCAAAAUGACACCCAUCAUGGAGACAAGUAAAUCUCUCUGGGCUUGA